AUGGCUGCGGCUCAGACGCAAGAGGGCAUUCAGCCCCGUGUCCUCGGCAAGCUCAUCACAUUUGCGCUCCUCAUGGCCGUCGUGCCCAUCGGGUCAUACUUUGCCUCCAUCAAGUGGCUCUACGACGGCAACACCACCCACGCGGCACUUACCGCUGUCGCGGCCGCCAACAUUGUGCUCGCGGGCUACGUCUACCUCGCAUUCGCCGAGGACGCGGCCGAGCGGUCUGAGAUCAAGGAGAAGAAGGCCCAGUAA